CUCGCGAGCCAAUUGCAAGGAUCCGGAGAAACAGCGGAUGUUUUUGUGGUACCCACGCACACAUAUAUAUUUUUUAUCUCAAAUUUGAUAAGCGUUAUUUCUGUCGCGCGACACUGACAUGUAUUAUUGUUUUAUCGACGUUUAUUUUUCCUGGUGAACACGAAAGGUUUUUGCCACCCACUGAGAGGUUAUUUUCUUCCCGGUGAACACGAGAGAGAGAGAGAGCUCUCUUUCACAGUUUUGCAUUUGUAGACCAUGUACCGCACAACUUUAUUGAAAUUGAUAAAAAGAUUGUGAUUACAAUUAUCGCAAUUGAGAUCCAAUAAUAAUUUUUGAAUUACAACUGAGACGGUAAUAAAUUUUAAAAUAAGUUUUUUGUGUCAAAAUGGAGCUCGAAAACAAACUUUUUGCAAAAUAUAUGUACAUCACAUAUGUAAUCGCAAUGUAUUGGAUAGUGUCCAUUGCAACUGUAUUUGUAAAUAAGACACUUCUGUCUAGUACAACCGUGAAUUUGGACGCUCCUUUUUUUAUAACUUGGUGUCAGUGCGUAGUAAGUGUAUUUAUUUGCGUCAGUUUGCGCCAACUGUCACAGUGGUUUCCGACUUAUAUCAGAAUGGCGCAAGACAGUCCGUUUAAAAGGGAUACUUUAAAGAAGGUACUGCCACUAUCAAUCUUGUUCACUGGAAUGAUAGCAAGUAACAAUUUGUGUUUGAAAUACGUCGAUGUUGCUUUUUAUUAUGUAGGCCGCUCGCUGACAACAGUAUUUAAUAUGGUGUUCACCUAUGUCAUACUGGGUCAAGAAUUGUCUCUCAAAUGCGUAAUAUGCUGCAUGGCGAUUGUCGCUGGGUUCUGGUUAGGUGUUGAUCAGGAGCACGUGGCCGGUUCUCUGUCCGUUCUUGGAACAAUCUUCGGUGUUCUUGGAUCGUUACUUUUAUCAUUGUAUUCAAUUCGUAUGAAACAGACUCUUCCAUCGGUGAAUCAUGACAUCUGGUUGCUCUCCUAUUACAACAAUAUUUACAGCGUUAUCAUCUUCAUUCCGUUGAUGAUAACAACCGGAGAGCAGACAGUCGUGUACAAUUACGAGAAAAUCGGGGACCCGGUUUUCUGGGGUAUCAUGGCAACCGGUGGCGUGUUCGGUUUCGCUAUCGGAUACUUCACCGCGCUUCAAAUAAAAGUUACAUCCCCUCUGACGCAUAACGUCAGCGGCACGGCGAAAGCAUGCGCUCAAACCAUUCUGGCGACGCAUUGGUACAACGAAACAAAAUCGUUACUCUGGUGGCUGAGCAACGUGAUUGUUCUUGCCGCCAGUGCGUGUUACGCGAGAGUCAGGCAAUUGGAAUUAAGCAAAGAGUACAAACUCCAGACGCAACAGCUUAAAGUAUAAAGUGAUAAUAUAAAUUGUAACGCUUUUUUUUAGUUGAAUUUUAUAUUGUAAUUUUUGUACAUAA